AUGAAUGAUCGCCUUUUUGUAAUUAUAUUUCUUUUAAUUUGUUUUCUUGGCUGUAAUAAGUGCUUGGGAAAGACAAGCAGCACAUCCACCCCUAUAUAUCCUUCUGCUCCCUCCCUGGAUGCCUAUCAUUGGAACGAUAAGGAUGAGGUAUGGUUUGCUCAAUCGGCAGCCUUAUCGGGUGUUUCUCAAAGACUCGGAAUUGAAAUGAAAAGAGGUAUUGAAGCCGCUUUUCAGGAAAUCAAUCACCUUGGAGGUGUAUGGGGAAGUAAAAAAUUACGAUUGUUGACUUUGGACGAUGCCUAUGAACCCACCUACACAAAAGUCAACACAGAUUUCUUUCUGUUCAAUACGACACCUCCAGCAGGAUCACUCAACAGUGCCAUCUUCAAUCAGAGUGUUGGAGGGAAUGAAGACAUUCAAAAGAAGGUUUUCUUUGGUUUGAUCGGUUAUGUGGGAACGCCGACAGUUCAAGCUGUUUUUCCAGAUGUCGUUUCCACAGGAAUUCCACUCAUUGGAUCAUUUACUGGGGUGGGAUGGCUUCGAAAACCAUUUUAUCCCAAUGUCAUUAACUUGAGAUCAUCCUAUGAUGAUGAAACAGCAGCAAUGGUGGAUUGGUUGAUUAAUAUCAAGCUCAUUCGAAGAAUAUCUAUUCUCUAUCAAAAUGAUGCUUUUGGAUUGAGUGGAUUGAAUGGGAUCAAACGAAGUUUAGUGGAUCGCUUGAAAAUUCCACUUUGUUCCAGUGGUACCUUCACAAGAAACACUUUAAAUGUCGAGAAUGCAUUUUACUCUAUAGGGUCAUGCAAUCCAGAGGCAAUUGUUUUGGUUGGUACUUAUGCACCUCUUGCCAAAUUUAUUAAAUUGGUCAAGAAUAUUGCCUUUUUGAAUCACACUAAUGAUGAUAAUUCAAAUCAAACGUAUGGAUAUAGAAAUGCUGAUCGUAUCAUCUUUUUAACAGUGAGCUUUGUUGGCAGUGCAGCACUCACAGAAGAUUUAAUCAAAACACCUUUACCUUCUCUUCAAUUUGGUUCCAACUACUAUACUGACAAUGUCAUUAUUACUCAAGUAGUUCCUAGUCCUAUGGACACUUCUUUCCCAAUUGUUCGCUCUUAUCAAAGAGCCAUCUCUCAAUAUUCAAAUCAAAUAAGAUCAAGCUAUACAUUUAUUGAGCUAGAAGGAUAUAUGGUUGGCAAAUUCAUUUACAAUGUAUUCAAAAACAUGGUUGGACAAAAUUUAACUCGUUCCAAUUUUAUUGCAUCCAGCUAUUUUGAUUUUACAUCCGAUUAUGCAGAUGAAAGCAAAAAUGGUGGAUUAUUUGUCUUUGAUGGCAUUCAAUUUGGAAGAUACAAGUGGUGUCAGUCUUUAAACAUGUAUCAAUAUUAUCUUGAAAAAUCUCAAAAUAACACCUUCAACAACAACACGACUAAUGGAAUCUGCAACUCCGAUUGUAAUCAAGGUCUCAAGAUUAUUUAUUUGAGUUCCAUCAAUAUGAACACUGGAAAUAUAAGUUUUGAUAUUUUCAGAAGUUUCUCAUGGUAUUCUUCAGGAUCAUGUAUUUCAGAUGUCAAUUCUGUACUUGUGAAACCAAUUGUAAUUGGACAAUCGAUUGAAAUAGGAUCCAUUCAAGAUGAACUGUUACGAAUAGGAAUUUUGGUUGCCCUCCAUCAAAGAAAUGACAAGAAUUCAAAAAAUCAAAUCGUUCUUAAAACGCUCUAUCACACCAAUGCAGAGACCAUGAGAAACAAUACUCGAGAAUUGAUGACAUUACAUGAAGCUGUGGCAUUGGUAGCUUAUUCUUCCUCAUUAUUAAUCGAUCAACCAUCUGGUAAUAGCAGUAAUAGUCAAUCAUUUGUGAAUGUUUCUGAAUUUUCAAAUAUUGCCAUGAUUGGAGUUUCGAACAUUAACUCGCUCUCAUUGAGGACACGAUUUAUCAAACCUCUCAUUCAUGUUUUUACUUCUGUUUUAGAACAAUUAGGUACAUUAAUCGAUUACAAUAUGAAAAUUGGAAGUAGUCGAUGUAGUAUUAUUUACAGUCAAGAGGAUUUGAUAUCUUUUGAAAUUUCUCAAAUGUUUGAGACAAUCACGCACUCUUUUGGUCGUUCUAUGGAUAGCAAGUGUAAUAUUGAUCUUUAUUCAAAUACUUCAUCAAAUCAACAGAUGGAUUCUCUUUUAAAUUGUUUAACCAGUGAUGAUGCAAAUCCUCAAGUAUUAAUGAUUGCUUUAAGAAAUUCAUCCAAACUUAUUGAAUCCUUAUUGUCUUCCAUUCAGAAUACAUACAACUCUAAACCAAUGUUUCGAAAAGGUUUAAGAAUAUACUUAAUCAAUUCCUUAUUUGAAUAUCAUGUCGAACAGGAAUUGUCAUUAGAAUCCAUUAUGAAAAACGAAAAUCGAUUCUCUCUGCAUUAUGUCUCUCAUAUACCGUCCUUUACUUCCAAUUCCAAACUAUUCAUGAAUGAAUUUCGUAUGGCCAUUCAAAAUCUUCCAGAAAAUAUUCCACACCAUACCGAGGAUGAAUUGUUCCAUCAAAAAGUAUUGGAAGGUUAUUUUAUUGGACGAAUGGUGUCGACUUUGAUAGAUACCAAUUCCAAAACAAAUUCAUUUUCAUCACUCGAUCUUUUAAAUUCUAUUUAUUCCUUAGGUAGUUUUUCAAGUGGUAAUGAUGUAAUGUUUGGAAUGUUUCGAGAGGGUUCUUGUAAUUUGGGUUAUCGUGAAAAUUUUUUAUAUUCCUUCAACAGUUCCAGUGGUCGCUUUGAAGAGACGUUUGUCAAAACAUUUGAUUCCUCCAAGUGUGCCUUAUUCGAUUAUCAACACACAAGAAACACUCAACGAUCAACUUUGUCAACAACAACUCCAUCAACAACAACCACUCUUACAACCACUCUAACCACAACCACUCUCACAAUUCCAUCCAUUUCUCUCUCUGAAAUUCAACAACCAAUCAUUAUGGUUCGUUUGAUCCCAUUUGAGGAAGAGUUGUCUGAAUAUGAUCAUAUUCUUUCAUUGCUUUCAGAGGUGAGAAAUGAUGAAUUAACAGAAUCAAAGGAUGAAUAUAUGAAAGGUUUGAACUAUUAUUUUCAACUCUACAAUAACAAAUCUAGCACUAAACAAUACAUUCGUUUCCAUACUGAAUACUACUCUACGAGAGAUCAAGGCAAAUACUCCAUCCUUAGGAAAGUGAAAGCAAUGAUCGAAAAACAAGGUGUAUUUGCCUUUAUUGGAACCAUCUUUCCUGAAUCAUUGGAUUUUUACUCAAAUCUCACUCAAUUAUUAGCACAUUACAAUGUUCCCAUGUUCACUCUUUCACAAAGCAUGCAGUUGAGACAAUUGUAUUCCAAAUAUUUGAUUCGUUUGAGACCAUCUAUUUUAGAUGAAACAGCAGCCAUGAUUGGUUAUUUCAAACAAGUCAUUGGAUCUCCACUUGCCAUUGUUUAUCCACAACGAGAGGAAUGGACAAGAAAUGUCAUUCCCUUCAUUAGUCAAUAUUGUGAAGCCAAUGAAUUGGAGAAUGUUCAUCAAUUCUCUUAUCAGAAUUCUCUUCAAGAAUAUUAUUCUCUUUCCUCACUUUCAUCAUAUCCCUCGAUCAUUCUUUUUGGAAAUGACACUGAGAUUUUCAAUGCCUUACAAUACCUCUCUUCUGCAUUGUCGACAACGGUUGGGCUCUCUUCGGUGAGAUUUCAAAUUGGUAUUUUAUCAAGUUCCUAUUCACCAACACUACAACAAUGGUUAUUGAAUUCAUGGGACAAGGUGAACCACAACAACAUUCAUGUUCCAACUCUCACUUAUGGUCCAUCGAUUGAAAAUCAAUGUGAUUCGAUACCAUUGAGUUCCAUUCAACAAUUCAUGAAAACCUUUCUUGAUUCUUAUAAAUUGUCUGAACCUAAUCACCACACUGUUGAAGGAUAUUUGACAGGUUAUUUUAUUGAAACUUUAUUGGGUAGAAUUUACCAAGAGAAAUUAACAACCAAAGCAACACGAAGUGAUUUAUUGAAUACUGUUUUUAGUAAUAGUAUAUUUAAUUUAAUGGGAUUGUUGGAUGUUGGUCCAUUUGGAUUGGAGUGUUCCAAUAAGAAAGACCAACCAUCAUCCCUCCUUAGAGACAAUAGAAUUCCCUUUUCCACUUUAUCCACUCUCAACAACUUGUCUGAAUGUAAUGUCGCAACAACACCCACCACUGUUCAAAAAGGAGACUAUUGUAAUUGUAAUCAAGGUCCAAGAAAGAUUCUUCUCACACAAGUGUCUCUAAGAACAUCAAAAUCAUCCUCAACACUACCAUCAAACAACACUGGUGUGUCUCGUGUGUUGACUUUUAAAGAUGUUCAAAAUUUUGAAUUUUCAUUCAGUCCAUCCUCCUGUGGUGUUCAAAUUGUUUAUCCUCUUCUCACCAAAGGUCAAAUUGCAGGUAUUGCCAUUGGAGUGAUCCUUAACUUAAUUUGCAGUGCUGCUUUUUGCAUAUUCCUGUAUUAUCGAUGUGGUUCAAGAUUGAGUCAUGUCAAAUAUGCUCCCAAAUCUGGACCAGUGGCAAUCGGUUUCACAGAUGUUCAAAAUUCAACAGUGCUUUGGGAGAAGAAUGAAAAAGGAAUGAGAGAAGCAUUAAGGAUUCACAACACGGUGAUGCGAAAUGCAUUGGAAGCCUAUCGAGGUUAUGAAGUGAAAACCAAUGGAGAUAGUUUUUAUGUUGCUUUUUCAGAUGUCGUCGAUGCCUUGGAUUGGUCCAUCGCUGUUCAACAUGCCUUAUUGGAUGCAGAAUGGCCCUCCAGUCUCACUCAACUGUGGGAUUGUCGAACUGAAUGGGACUCUGAAACUCAACAAAAAGUAUGGAAUGGUCUUCGUGUUCGAAUUGGACUUCAUUUUGGAACAGCUGAUCGAGUAUUUGAUAAGACAAUGAAACGUCCUGAUUACUUUGGAACUGUUGUGAAUACUGCCUCUCGAAUUGAAAGUUCUGCUUUUGGAGGUCAAAUAUUAAUCUCUGAAGACAUGUUUUUGGAAUUGUGGAAGAAAUUGGGAACCUUUAUUGUCAAGGACGUGAAAUUCCACAGUCAUAAUGAGCAGAGUUAUGUAGAAGAGAUUCGUAAUCGAUGUUUUGUCAAUGAUACAUGGUCCGAUACCACAGGAGGAGGUGCAGCAACAGCAGCACACAUGACACCACUUCAUCAUCGACAAUCUCAAGAACAAUCUUCCUCUUCUGCGACAGCGACCUUAAAUGUUCCUCCUUCUCCUCAUCCACCACCUCAUCGAAUGGUGCGACAAGGCAGUACAUGUUCCAAUUCCUCUAAUACGACCCUCACAGUCAUGACUAGUACGACCACCACAGCAAUGAAUACUUUUACAACAACAACAAGGAAAAGAUAUAUUGCAAGACAGAGAUUUCUCUUUAUUGAUCUUGGUGAAUUUAGACUCAAAGGAUUGCAACAAAAGGUGAGACUCUUUGAUGUGAGAUCUGAGAGAAUUCAAAAAAGAUCCUUCUCACUCUUGUUAAGAAAUCUCGAAAAGGAGCCUUCAUGGUCCAAAGAGCAAUUUGGAAACAACCACACUGGUGAAAAUCAAGAGAAUGCUGCUGAAGGUGGUAUCAGUGGUGGUGGUGGUGGUGGUGAAAACACGUUCACUCCUUCUUCUACACCUUCAAAUCAGCAUCAUCACUUCAACAAUCGCAUUGUUCCUGUGGUUGCUAGUGAUGGUGGUGAGAAGGAUGAAUACAUGAAAGGAACUGAGACAACUCAAAUUCUCCAAUCUCAAUCCAUUGACAACAAGAAACCACAUCCUUAA